CCAGUUUCUCUCUCUUCUUUACUCAUUUCCUUAACGCCUUUCCUCCUCCUCUUUCAUUCUUAUUCUUCUCUCUCUGCUUUUGCAUUUAUCACUAUUUUCUUCUCCCCACCAUCUCCGCCGCGUUUUCCUCCGUCCUCCCUUCUGGAGAACAAAAAGAAACGCAAUUGAUGAAGAUGAGAAAAGGGUUUUAAUCCAAUGCCGGCUGUACGGUUUCUUUUCUCCCUGUCAUUUUGAGUAAAACCCUGUUCUGGGUUCCUGUUCUUUCUUUCUUCUGGGUUACCACAGAGAGAGGAUUUUGAUUAUUUUGCCUUUUUCGUCUCUUUUGUUUUUUUUUUUUCUUAGUUUCUUGACGAAGAUUGAAAAGAAAAUGAGGGAACCCCAUUUGGGUUUUGGGGUGUUCCUUUUUGUGUUCGUGUUCUUUAUCCAGUUUCUGGGGUCCUCUGUUUACGGCCAGCCGGCUGCCGGCGGUGGCGGUGGCGGUGAUGGGUCAGUGAUGAAUCUCUUGAGGACUAGUAUUGGAGCCCCGAGUUCUCUUGGGUGGACUGGUUCGGAUUACUGUCAAUGGCAGUAUGUGAAUUGCGAUUCUCAGAACCGAGUGCUGAAAAUCCAAAUUGGAAACCAAAAGCUCAAGGGAUCACUUCCAAAGGAGCUCUUCAACCUAUCGGCGUUAGUACAAUUAGAGGUGCAGGGCAACCAGCUGAGUGGGCCGUUUCCUAAUCUUCCUGAUUCACUGCAAAUACUUCUUGCGCAUGAUAAUCUUUUCACUUCCAUGCCGGCUGAUUUCUUCGCCAAUAAGUCGGCGCUGCAAACGAUAUACAUCGACAACAAUCCCUUUGCGGCCUGGACAAUCCCUGAUAACAUUCGAGAGGCUUCUGGGCUACAGGAAUUUUCAGCAAAUAGCGCUAAUAUAACUGGUGUAAUCCCUGGAUUUUUCGAUGGCACUACAUUUCCGACUCUUACAAACUUGCAUUUGGCGGGUAAUUUUCUUGAAGGUGGAUUACCAGCGAGCUUUGCGAGUUCUUCGAUUCAGUCACUCUGGUUAAAUGGACAACAGAGUAGUUCUAAGUUAAACGGUUCCAUUGCCAUACUGCAAAACAUGACAAAUUUACUGGAGAUUUGGUUGAAUAUGAACCAAUUUUCAGGUCCUUUGCCGGAUUUCUCAAACCUUCAUGGAUUACAAAACUUGAGUUUGAGGGAUAAUCAGCUUACGGGUAUUGUUCCUUCAUCCUUGAUAAAUUUGAAAUCCCUUGUGAUUGUGAAUUUGACGAAUAAUAUGCUUCAAGGACCCAUCCCUGCAUUUAAUCCUAAUGUUCAUCUGGACAUGAGUCCUGGAUCCAACAAUUUUUGCUCGAAUUCUCCGGGUGAACCUUGUAAUCCCCUUGUGACUGCUUUGUUAUCGGUUGCACAGUCAAUGGGUUUUCCAACAGCCUUUGCACAGGGCUGGGUAGGCAAUGAUCCUUGUAAUAAUUUCAAGGGCGUUAUGUGUACUGGCAACCCUGGAAACAUAACUGUUAUUAACUUUAGAAAUAUGGACCUUGUGGGCACUAUUUCGCCUAGCUUUUCAUUGCUUACAUCUGUGCAAAAGCUGCUUCUCUCUAAUAAUUCUCUUUCUGGCACAAUACCAACAGAGCUUGUUACUAUGCCUAAUCUUACAGAAUUAGAUGUCUCCAAUAAUAAGCUUUAUGGUAAAGUGCCUGGUUUUAGGACAAAUGUGAUUGUGAACACGCAGGGGAACCCAGAUAUUGGGAAGGAUAGCCCCACUGCUCCUACUGGGAAAUCACCCUCUGGUACCGGUUCGGGUGAGGUAUCUGAUAAAGUUCAUAAGAGAAGUAAUACCGGGGUGGUUGUUGGUUCCAUAGUUGGUGUUCUUGUUGUUCUACUAAUAGUUGGGACUGUGAUUUUCUUUUACAUGAGAAAUAAGAGACAUGGUAGUAGAGUGCCGAGUCCAAAUACAGUGGUGGUACAUCCUAGUCAUUCUGGAGACCAAAAUUCAGUGAAGAUUACACUUACGCAGGCUAGAGUCGAUGCGCCUGAAACCAGCAGCCCUCCUGCUGGACCCAGUGAUGUCCAUGUGGUUGAGGCAGGUAACCUGGUUAUCUCGAUUCAAGUUUUAAGGAAUGUAACAAAUAAUUUUAGCCCCGAGAAUAUAUUGGGGAAAGGGGGUUUUGGAACUGUUUACAAGGGGGAAUUGCACGAUGGUACGAAGAUUGCUGUGAAGAGAAUGGAGUCUGGAGUCAUUGGUGAGAAGGGUUUGAAUGAAUUCAAGGCUGAGAUUGCUGUUCUUACUAAGGUUCGGCAUCGAAAUUUGGUUGCGCUUCUUGGAUAUUGCUUGGAUGGGAAUGAGAGGCUUCUAGUUUAUGAGUACAUGCCCCAGGGGACUCUUAGCAGGUUUUUAUUUAACUGGAAAGAAGAAGGGCUUAAACCCUUUGAAUGGCAAAGAAGGCUUAUUGUUGCCUUGGAUGUAGCCAGGGGUGUUGAGUAUUUGCAUAGUUUAGCACAUCAAAGCUUUAUCCAUCGUGAUCUUAAACCAUCGAACAUUCUUCUCGGAGAUGAUUUGCGAGCUAAAGUAGCUGACUUUGGAUUGGUUCGUCUUGCUCCUGAAGGGAAAGCGUCGGUCGAAACAAGACUUGCAGGAACGUUUGGUUAUCUUGCCCCAGAAUAUGCAGUAACUGGACGAGUUACGACCAAGGUCGACGUUUAUAGCUUCGGGGUGAUCCUGAUGGAGAUGAUAUCUGGUAGAAAAGCACUCGACGAUAGUCAGCCAGAAGAGAGCUUGCACCUCGUGACAUGGUUCCGCAGAAUGUACAUUAACAAGGAAGUUUUUCCAAAGGCCAUAGAUCCUUCAAUCGACAUAGAUGAGGAGACCCUUGGCAGCAUCACCACUGUUGCAGACUUGGCUGGUCAUUGCUGUGCAAGGGAGCCAUUCCAGCGGCCCGACAUGAGUCAUGUAGUCAACGUGCUUUCGUCUCUAGUUGAUGUCUGGAAGCCAACAGAACCAUCAUCUGAAGAGCAGUUUGCAAUUGAUUUGGAGAUGUCAUUGCCACAGGCGCUUAAGAAAUGGCAGGCAUUCGAAGGAGAUAGCGGUACGGAUGUGUCUUCAUCAUCAUUCCUUCCAAGUAGAGACAACACACAAACCAGCAUCCCGAACCGGCCAUCUGGUUUUGUAACUUCGUUUACGUCUGCCGAUGCACGGUGAGCUAUAGAGAAACCCAAGUUUUUUUUUUAUUGAUCUUAGCUGCUUUCUGUUGUCCAUUCUUUAGCCUCUCUAAUCUUUGUUGCUUAAUCCUCAGUAGUGUUGAACCUUUUGUGUAAGGCUUGUGAUGUUUCCUCCCCGUGUUCUUGGAUAUUUUAGUGUCGUCCACAUCUAUGUAAGGUUUUAGAGAAGGAAAUUCCCUUACAGAA